GCCACCUACAGCCCCGGAGGGUGCGCGUCAUGGCCGCCGCUUGCCCUCUCCCGGCGACCCAGGACUUAUCCAUGCUGCAUGCCAAGUUACAGGGACUGCUGCGGUUCCUGAGGGACGCACUGCCCAUUUCCAAUGCGCACACGGUGGACUUUUACACACAGUCCGUGUGGGAAGAGCUGGUUGACUUGUCCCCCGAAACUGUGCUAGCGGCAUUGAAAAGGUCCACGGCGGAGGCGGAGGCGGAGGCCCGGCUUUCGGAGGCGCGCCCCCUGGUGGAAGCAGAGACGCGAGCAGGUGUUAGUGAUUUUCCAAAAACAUUUUGUGAAACUUCUCGGAAGUUAGUGAGUGUGGAAGCCUUUGCUCUGGCUGCAAAAUAUUAUUCUGUACAGAACUUGGGAAUAUGUACUCCUUUUGAACAGUUGCUUGUAGCUCUUCAAGGAAAUAAAAAACAGAGGACUGGUGAAAAUUUGGAACCAGUUGAGUUUAUGAAUAUGAAAAAAUCUCAUGAAGUUCAGGCAAUGUCAGAGCUGAUCUGCAGUAUUACUGAUUACUAUGGAAUAAAGCAGGUAAUUGACUUGGGUUCUGGGAAAGGCUACCUAAGCUCUUUUUUGUCCUUGAAGUAUGGCUUAAAAGUUUAUGGAAUUGAUUCCUCAAAUACCAAUACUCAUGGAGCUAAGGAAAGAAACAGGAAAUUGAAGAAACAUUGGAAACACUAUCAUACUCAAUCAAGAGUAGAUGUCAAUGGAGUGGACUUAAAAAUGGCAAAAGAAAGGAAAGUGCAAAAUGAAAUUAAAUAUAAAGCAGAUAUUGAAAAAUCAUAUAAUAACAGUUCUGCAAAUCAAGAAAAAAUGACUACCUCAGAUUAUUUGCCAGAUUUUUCAGGCUCUGUAAUUGCUAACAUCAGAAAAGAAAUAGAAAACCUACAUGCUCAACCACAUGGAGAAGAAAAUUUGUGUUUUGAAAAUCCCUUUUCUCUCAUAGACUUUUUGCCUAUCGAUGCUAUAGAGCCAAUCUCUUCAUCUCAAAUACGCAACAGAGAAAUUACUGAAGCAAAAAAAGAGAGAAGAAAAAUGGCAUCAAAGUCAAAUGAAUCAAAUAUAUAUUCACCAUUAACCUCUUUUAUCACUGCUGAUUCUGAACUACAUGACAUUAUUAAAGACCUGGAGGAGUGUUUAAUGGUGGGUCUACAUACUUGUGGUGAUCUUGCUUCAAAUACUCUGCGAAUAUUCACUUCCAAUUCAGAAAUCAAGGGAGUUUGCAGUGUGGGUUGUUGCUACCACCUCUUAUCUGAAGAGUUUGAAAAUGAACAUAAAGAAUGUACUCAAGAAAAGUGGGGAUUUCCAAUGUGCCACUAUUUAAAGGAAGAGAAAUGGUGCUGUGGUCGUAAUGCCAGAAUGUCAGCUUGUUUGGCAUUGGAGCGGGUUGCACUUGGCCAAGGGCUGCCUACUGAAUCACUCUUCUAUCGUGCUGUUCUUCAAGAUAUUAUUAAAGAUUGUUAUGGCAUCACCAAAUGCAAUCAGCAUGUUGGUAAAAUUUAUUCCAAAUGUUCUUCUUUUCUGGAUUAUGUAAGAAAGUCUCUAAAGAAGCUUGGAUUAGAUGAGUCCAAGUAUGAGAAAAACCAAUGUUUAUCGAUCUUUUGCUUUAUGCCAGGUAUGGUGCUAAAAGGUUUAUUUAUAUCAUCUCUUGGAAUACUAAGGACAAUAGGAUUGAGAUGCAAAGUUAAGUGGAUUUUCUUAAAGACCAAAAUCUAGGAAAUUGGGGAAGAAUUCCAAUCUAUACUAUCUAAUUGUAUAGCCAGUGCUUCCUUUUAUCAAACUUACAUGACAAGAGACAUCACUCACAAAAAGAAUGAUUAUUUGACAUUUUUACAAAACUAGCAGUCAUCAAGUGAGAAAGCCUAAGAGGAAGAAUAAGAAGAAAAUUCAUACUUAGCAACAGACUAAGGAGUUUUUAUUUUGCUUUUGUUUUUUGUAGUACUAGGUAUUGAACCUAGGGCCUCAUACAUACCAGGAAAGUGUAACAUACACCACCAGCCCUUUUAUUUUAUUUUGAGACAGCAUCUAAGUUGUCCAAGCUGGCAUUGAACUUGGAAUCCUCCUGCCUCUGCUUCCUGAGUAGCUGGGUUUAUAGGAGUCCCUCACUGUCCCUGGCUUCUAAAGCAUAUUGAAGAAUUGAAGUUUGAAGUAAAGGCAGAUGAAAUUCAUGAAAAGAUAAGUCUUAAUGAAGAGUUGAAGAAAGAAUGCUUGUAUCUAGAACUUUUAGAAUUCCUGCAGACAGGAUGAACUUGGUCAGUAUGAAACAUACACAUGCUGGUUAGUAAGACACACUCUGUGACCUCUUUGGUAUAUUAGAGUCAAAUAGCUGUCAAGAAAUUGUAAGGAAUGGGGUGUGGACUAAAGAACUUGCAUGAUUGCUCAAUUACUGUCUCCAAUCCAUUUUCUCUUUAGAACUAUGUAUCUCCUUGUCCCUGACCCAAAGCCAGGGCCCUGUUACACAAUUCAUACUAUUCCUUUUUUCUAGAAUAUAGGCUUUGGACAACAGGGAGCAAGGGAUUCAUGUCCAGUAGUCCAAUCUGUCAUUCGUUUUACAUUUUCAAUUUAUAAGUUUUUGUAUAUGGCCUUGCUUGAGUAUGACCUCUGCUGGGCAGUGCCUCGGUUCUGAUGCCUUCUUUAAUCUCCAUGAAGUUGACCCUUCAUAGGCUUUCACUGAUUUUAACACUCAGUAAUGCCACCUAUUAAGUAUAUAUAUAUAUUUAUCUUAAAGAUUGAUGUUGAGAUUAAAUGAGAUGGUGUCUUUGUUUAAAAAAAUUCUUAGAAUUUCUGUUAUCUAAUCUGAAGGGUUUUUAAACAUUUGAUGAAAAAGUUGAUUUAAGUAUGGACUCAUACCUCAAGCACUGAAUUUUUCUCUUAGAAACACAUGAUUAUACUUUUUAUUCAUCAAAUUUUUGGUGUCAGAAGAGAACCGUUUGUUUAGUUUUGUUUACACAAAGGUUUGUAUGUGUUAUCACUGCUUGAAGGUCUGCCUUCACUCCUUUUGCAUCAAACAUACUGUAAUGUAUAAUCUAUAUAAUGUCCAGCCUUGGUUCACUUAAAGUAACACUUAUUUUUAAAUAACGGAGUAAAGAUAGUGUUCUCCCCUUUUCUCUCCAGAGUCACUCCAAAGCAACAAAUACAAUGAGAAGUGGAACACAGACUCCCUUUUUGAUAAAAUCAUGAGGGCAUUUUAUCUCAACCUAUGUGUAUUUUAAAGUACAGUGCAUGUAAUAGAGGAAUGAGACAGAAGCUGAGAGGAAAUCCCAGGGUUAGAAUUCUCAGAUAAACUAGAAGACACAGUUUUCCAUAGUAGCAUCCCCUGAAAAAGCAAAAUCAACAAUCCCUAGUUGCAACAAAGGCAACUUUAGCACGGUUCUUCCUAGUUUAGCACAGAAAAAUGAGAAUCUAAGGAAUCACGUUGAAAACUGAUGUCCAUAGAAAGCAGAAUAGUAAAGAUUAUGAGUUCUAAGGUGUUGCUUCCCAGCUAAUCUGAGGAUGGUAGGUGAGAAGUCAAGUCUAAAGGCUAUGAUUCUCACAUACAAUUUUGUGAGAUGAGAAUUUUGGCUGCCUUGAAAUAUAGGCCUGAAUUCAGAUUAAGUCAUUCUGUAAAAGUUUGUUCUAGAAGAUAACUCAAUUUAAUUCAAAGAUGGGCACGAUUUUUAAAAGGGUGAGGGGUACAUAAUCUUCUUAGAGUCUAUACCAAGGAGGAGAUCUUUUCUGGAAUGCUGUAUGAGAAAUUUGGUGCCACAGAGCUUUGCUUUUCACUGUUUCUUUUUUAUAGUUUUUAAAUUCAAAAUAGACUUAUGGAGAAUAUCAUGAUAAGUGAAAUAAACCAAACUCAGAAACUCAAAGGUCAGUUGUUUCAUAUGCA